AUGACUGCAGUACUCGGCUGCGUGCUGCUGGGUGUUCAAGUGACCUUUGCACAGACGCAGACACUGCCCAAAGUCGACUUGGGCUAUGAGAUUCACCAGGCUAUUGAUUUCAAUCAAACCGCGCCGCUGUACAACUUUUCCAACAUAAGAUACGCACAACCGCCUGUUGGGUCUCUUCGCUUUGCUGCACCUGUGCCACCUGUGGGGAGAAACCCCGUGAUCCAGGACGGCAGCGUUGGCAAAGUGUGUCCCUCGGCCAUACCAAACUGGUCGCCUAUCGCCAGUGUAGGGGACGCAGAUCUCAUAGCAGGAAACGUGUCCACCUUCGACUACAAUAGCCUCAAUGAGCAGGUGCAGGAAUACUGGUCACAACACCCCCCACCAGCACAGACUGACAGCAGGGCGACCGAGGAUUGUCUCUUCCUAGAUGUCAUUGUUCCCAAAGAAAUAUUCGAUAGUCGCCAAGUACACCAUCCUAGGCGACGCUGGAACACUGGAGGCGGAGCUCCGGUAGUCAUAUGGGUUUACGGCGGCGAAUAUACUCUUGGUUCCAAAGAGUAA